AUGGUUCAAGAGACGGUAGAGCAGGUUGAGAUGCUCAAGGCUCGGCUUAAGGAAGCCCAUGACCGUCAGAAGAGUUAUGCAGAUAAGCGGCGUAGAGAUUUGGAGUUCCAGGUUGGCGACCUGGUAUACCUGAAAAUAAGGAUAUUUCGGGGAGGAUCUAAGACUCGGAAGCUAAAGAAGCUUAAACCGAGAUAUAUGGGACCAUAUCCUAUUUUGGAGCAGGUUGGAUCAGUUGCUUAUCGAUUGGGUUUAUCAACAGAGUUAUCAGACAUCUAUGACGUGUUUCAUGUUUUGGUUUUGAGCAAAGUCUUGAGAGAGCCACAGCUCAUCUUGCAGGAGCCACCAAGAAACCUUGGCAAAGAUUUGCGUACGCUAUGUCAGCCAGUAGAGGUAUUGGAUCGCCAAGUGAAAGCAGUUCAUGGUAUGAUGACCAUGUUGGUCAAAGUUCGUUAG